CGAGAGCGAGCGGGAGCGGGCGCGGGCGCGCGGAGAGAGGAGGUGCGGGAGCUAGCGCCCGCCCGCCCGGAACCCCAGCCCGCGAUAGCGCAGCGCCCGUCCCCGCAGGUGCAUCCUCCCGGCCCGCCCGCGUCGUCCUGCUCCGGAGGAUGGAGGAGUCCCGGGAGACAUCGCCGUCCUCCAACUCCUCACAAGAGCUCAGCUCUGCACUGCAGCUGUCCAAGGGCAUGUCGAUCUUCCUCGACAUCCUGAGGAGAGCUGACAAAAAUGAUGAUGGGAAAUUAUCCUUUGAAGAAUUCAAAGCAUAUUUUGCAGAUGGUGUUCUCAGUGGAGAAGAAUUACAUGAGCUCUUCCAUACUAUCGACACACAUAAUACUAACAAUCUUGACACAGAAGAACUAUGUGAGUAUUUUUCCCAGCACUUGGGUGAAUAUGAGAAUGUCCUGGCAGCCCUUGAAGACCUAAAUCUCUCCAUCCUGAAGGCCAUGGGCAAAACAAAGAAAGACUACCAGGAAGCUUCCAAUUUGGAACAGUUUGUCACUCGAUUUUUAUUAAAGGAAACAUUGAAUCAGCUGCAGUCUCUCCAGAAUUCCCUGGAAUGCGCCAUGGAAACUACUGAGGAGCAAACUCGUCAAGAAAGGCAGGGCCCGUCCAAGCCAGAAGUCCUGUCCAUCCAGUGGCCCGGAAAGCGAUCCAGCCGCCGUGUGCAGAGACACAACAGCUUCUCCCCCAACAGCCCGCAGUUUAACAUCAGCACCCCAGGCUCACUAGAAGAAGAUAACCAGUGGAUGACCCAGAUAAACAGACUCCAGAAAUUAAUUGAUAGGCUGGAAAAGAAGGAUCUCAAACUUGAACCCCUGGAAGAAGAAGUUAUUGAAGGCAAUACUAAAUCUCACAUCAUGCUGGUGCAGCGUCAGAUGUCUGUGAUAGAAGAGGACCUGGAAGAAUUCCAGCUGGCUCUGAAGCACUAUGUGGAGAGUGCUUCCGCCCAAAGUGGGUGCUUGCGUAUUUCAGUACAGAAGCUUUCAAAUGAAUCUCGCUACAUAAUUUAUGAGUUUUGGGAGAACAGCAGUGUGUGGAAUAGCCACCUUCAGAUGAAUUAUAGCAAGACAUUCCAAAGAAGUAAUGUGGAUUUCUUGGAAACUCCAGAGCUCAUAUCUACUAUGCUAGUUCCUGCUUCAUGGUGGAUUCUGAACAACUAGAUAUUCCUAGACAUUUUCUUUAUGGUGUCAAGUGCAAAACAUGUGUUCUUAAGUGUCAAUUAGAAAAUUUCUUUGUGGCUGUUAAUCUACUGUAUACUUUUGUUUAAUAUAUUUAUUCUAAGUCCACUCACUUUUUAAAAGUAUAUUCUAUAGCCUUAUCAUGUAUGUGAAUUUUAGCUUAGUUUUCAAAGGUAAUUAUUCUCAGUACUUGAUGCUGAUUGCUUUGCUACAUGGCAGCCAACCUAAAACAUCUAGUGACAAAACCCUAAUGUGAUAAAACUGUAUACAUAAGGGAUAAAAUAGUGAAAUCUUUUAUUAUGAUACAGAAAAAAUAUUUAAAUGAAAACUCUCAGAGCAUUGCUUCAUAGGACAGAUUUUGUAGAUAAACACUACCAGUGCUUUGUGAUAUUAAUAACAGCUCUUCUGUGAAUGAAGCUUAUUCUUCAAUAGUGCAUACUCUAAACACACAAUCCCAUGACUCUUCUCUUUACAUAAAACAACAUUGUAACUUAUCUCUAUCCAUCUGUUAAACAUUAUCAAGUAAACAAGAGACCUUUAUUUUAGGGAAAUUUAGCGCAAAUUUCAUGGUAUGUAAGAACCAGGUAGCUAACAUUCCUAUGAAAACUAGACCUAAAAAAAAAAGAAAAAGAAAACUAGACCUUUGCUUUUGAGUAAUGAUUUCAAAAUAUGGUAUUUUAAAAAUAAGUUUUAAACCAGAUGAAUAAAGAAGAAGAAAUAUAAAACAAGCACAAACCUUCAGAGCAGAAGACAAUUUCGUUUACACAUUAAAGAGACUAAAACUAUGUUCCCUGUAUAUUUUAUAUAUACAUAAAAAUAUAUAAAGUAAGGGAAAUAUAAAAAAUUAAAUCGUUUUAAUAAAAUAAAUAUUUCCUGGUUAUAAGCCCUGCUAAUGAAAAUAUAGUUUACAAUACAGACAGAAAUUUGUUGCCAUAUUAUUCUCUAGUCCAAAUUCCUUUGAAAUCAUCAGUCUUCAGGAAAAAAUACUGUAAGGUAAAAUUUUUCUAUUUUUUCACUGUUGGAAAACUCGGGAAAAAAGGAAACAAAUUAAAAUUAUUUCAUAAAUGUAAAAUUUGACCUAAAAUAUCUUUUCAAAUUAACUUAUGGGACAUUAACUUUUAUUAAUGCCUUUGUAUACCCUCAUUCCUCAUUCAGGCUAAAUAAAAUUAAAGAAUUUUUUCAUAGUUUCUUUUAGACAUAAGUAGUAAAGUUUGACACAGACUGUGUAUGUGUGUGUGUGUGGUCAAUUCUAAAGAUGACAAGCAUUAUGAAAUAACCCCUGGCUCAAUACUUUUAAUAUAUAUACAAAACAGAGAACAAUAUUAAUGGAGUUGUACAGUGAUUAUUCAAACAAGCUAUACAUAUGUACAAAGGCAAGCAGGUAAGAGUCUUUGCAGUCUCACUGAUUACAUAUAGUAUGGAUCGGAAGACUUUGAAACCUAAAGACUUUCAACAUACAAACUCUUCUUGGAAACAGUUAUAAAGGGUUUCAAAGGUACAACUUUUAUCAGUCAGAAUAUUUCUUUGGUUAGUCCAUUUCAGUAUCCAACUUUAAAAAGCAUAUCAAGUUUUUUGAGUAUAAGGCAGUUUCCAAAGUAACUUGAUAGUAUGACUAAAAACAGGAUUCUGUUCAGUAAAUAGUACUAAAUGGAAAGGCUCUCUGGAUUGCAAAUGGAAUAAAUUCUAUCAUAUCUUUUAAACCAGAAUCAAAUGACCUUAAGGAUAAGCAAAUAAUGAACCAACCCAAUUUAAUUUAUGGUAAUUCUGACCCCAGUUCUUACACAUAUAUUUUUGUAUAUGUUUAUGAGAGUAUGUGCUUAUGAAUAUGUAUGUACACAUACGUAUGUAUGUAUGCUUAUAUAUAUAUAUAUAUAUAUAUAUAUGAAUUGGAACUUAAAGUAUAAAAGGAAAAUAGUAGGGCAAACAAUUGAAGAAUUGAGCCCUAAGUAUAAACAUCCCAUUUUAAAGUAAUCAAAAAUUUUCCAGGCAUCUCUAUUUUUAAAAAAUCCUGUUUUCUGAGAAACAGAGCAUUGAAAAAGAAGGCACUCAAAGAUUGGAAAGCUAGCAUGGACUAAAAGGUGAAUCUGGAGGACAAGCCCAAAAACUAAUGAGAAAAAAGUACUUGUUUUAGGAGUUUACAUUCAGUGAAAAAUAAAUUUUCUGCUAAGUGAUGAAUACCUUGCCAAUAGAUCUAGGGAUGUGAGAGAAUAGAAGUAGGGAGAGUUUAUACUUAUGUUUAAUAUUAGCAAUUUUUAGACAUGCUGAAAAAAACCCUAUUUUUAUAAGAGUAACACCCACAGUUAAAAACCUGUAGGAGACUUAUAUAUAAAAUUUCUAGGAAUUAAAAGUUUGAACCCCAAAUUUCUUUAUCUACCUAUAUUCUUGUUGUAAGAAAUUAUAGAAUUGAAACUUAAUGUGCCUGAAUUAUAUGCACAUGCCUAAAUUUUUCCUCUUUUGUAAAUAAAAAUAUUAGUUUUAUUUUGCAAUUGCUCAACUUCUGUUCAUGUGGUCUGAUUAGUGUCAAAAAUAAUAACUUUUUCAACUUCAUUUGCUGCCAUUUUUUCACAAUGUCAAUCUCUUCUAGUAAUUAUUAAUUUAAGACAGUGUUUACCAUCAAAAACUUAAGAGACCAAACAAUCAUAUAUUCAGAAAGAAAUGUCCAUUUAAAAAUUCUCCCUACUAUCAUUGACAACUCUAUAUUGAACAUCCUGAAUCAUUCUACACCUCUAGAGAGAACAUAAUGAUCUGUUCAUGAGCUGGUAUGAAGUCAGUGGGAAAUAGAAAAGGAGCCUUUAAGAGAAAGGAGAAAUUGUGUACACUGUUACAAAUACUUUAUAUUUGGGAAUCUUUACAGCAUACAUUUCCAUUCCAUUACUGCAACUCAUGAAAAACAAAAGAUGCAAGUAACAUGCAAAUUAUAAAUACAGUCUUCCCACUUUACUAACCAAAUUCCUACUUUCCAGUGUUCUUCCCAAUUUUUGCAGGAAACUGUUUACAAAUCUGAUUAGAAAAUUCUUUAUAGUUUAAAAUAUCUUUCUCAUCUUAGGAGAAGCCAAAUAGCCAACCAUCAAAAUUUAAAAUAAAUUAAAUUUUCACAGUCAAUUACAGUUACUGUUACUAAGUCCACUUCAUUUGCUGGUGUCCAAAUAUAAAAUGAAUAAGUCAUUAUCUUCAAACUCAUCUGUUCUUAAAAUGCUACUUAAAACUUUGGUUGUUUUCCUGUAAAAAAAAAAAAGAAAGAGUUGAUUUAUCAAAUUAAUUGAAUUCAGUUUUUAUAAAGUAGUUCUCAAAACACUGUGGAUCUGCUUAAUGUUUAUACAUCUAAAUGCAUGUUACUGUAGAAACUAUUAAAGUGGAAUUGUCAAAAAAGUUCUGUGUCACUAAACCUAUGUAAUUCAUUUUUAAAUAUAUUAAAGUGUAUUUCAAACCUGUUGUUCUGUUUUUGUGGUACCUAGUUUUAUGUAUGUUAUUAAUACAUAAAGCAAAACUAAAGUUAA